UUCUGAGGGCGUGAUCUCUCACCGAGCACAGCACAAUCACUGGUCUUACACACUUUCUCAACUCUGUUACGACCGAGAGGCGACAGACAACACCGUGGCACAGUGUGGAAAAAUGUGAUUGUGUGAAACGGAAUUUGACUAUAAUUAAACAUUCUCUUCUUUGCCAAGCAUCACGUCGACCUUCAGUAGCCUAGCAGCAUCCUAUACAAGCGCCAAGCCAAGGGACCACUACACAGGACUGGCUGCUCGCGCUCAUUAUGAGCGAGACUCCCUUCAGGAGGAGCGCGUGGUGGGUGAGCAUCAGCAUCAGUAGGUCACAACUCAGCGCACGAGGAUCUUGCGCGUGUCCUCCUCGUUGAUUACAAGAGCCCCUAUAACUUGAAAGAAAUUGUGUGCUUUUUUCGACGACGACUGAACUGCUGAUGUCCUUCUUUAAAUACAGAUCAUUCUGAUAUUUCCGUGAUUUUUUAAUCGAAGGAAUUCCACACAAAGGAAGAAAUAGCAUCUGUUGCUGGAGCCGGUUUAAUUAAAGAAAGAGAAUCACCACACUCGCCGGAGAAGGCACCGGGAGACCGAUAUUGUCGGCGCACCGUGAUUGGAGAUGGAUUUAAGUCGGUGCUCUCCCACUGGCUUGUGUAUUUUAUCGUAAAAUGGCUGAGGGACUGUGCUCUUCAUUGAUGCUUUUAUUUUCUUCUUUACACGCUGUGUUGCUUACGACACCGUGAGAUGCUGUAUCUCCACCACUGCCGGCUUUUCUGCUCCUCAUCAAGCUAGAUACGUAUCUGACAGGCAGGCAACGCGUUUUGGCUGUGGACAAAGUGGAGGUAAUACAGGAAAGGAUUUCUUUCACUGAACAAUUUGCUAAUAUUUGGGGAUUGAUGAUGAUGAUGGAGGAGGAUGAACUGGAGACGCAUCAGGUUGAAAUCGAUCCGGAUUUCGAGCCACAGAGCCGACCUCGCUCGUGCACCUGGCCGCUUCCGUGUCCCGAGGAUUUCCCCGGAGCUGAGGUUAACGGAGGUCUGCCUCUCGCCACUAUAAAGGUGGAACCGGAUAGCGUCCCUUGUUGCCGAGCGGGGAAACGGGGUGUUGCGCCCAGCGACCUGAAACACUCGGUGGGGGCCGCGGCCCCUGUCGCGCCAGUCCUCUCCUGCAUGGCUGGAGCCGUAGCCCUCGACGCUGCCGGCCAGCUUCGCAAGGCGAAGUCCUCCCGGCGUAACGCAUGGGGUAAUCAGUCCUACGCCGACCUCAUCACCCGAGCCAUCGAGAGCACGGCGGAGAAGAGGCUCACGCUCUCACAGAUCUACGACUGGAUGGUCCGCUACGUUCCGUAUUUCAAAGAUAAGGGCGACAGCAACAGCUCCGCCGGCUGGAAGAACUCCAUCCGGCACAACCUGUCGCUCCACACCCGCUUCAUCCGCGUCCAGAAUGAGGGCACCGGCAAGAGCUCCUGGUGGAUGCUGAACCCCGACGGCGGAAAAGCCGGCAAGUCCCAGAGGAGACGAGCCGUCUCCAUGGACAACAACACCAAGUACCUGCGCAGCAAAGGACGCGUCAGCCGACGGCAGAAGGUCCUGGGCGCCGGCCGGGGCCAGAAUCGCCUCCGGGGCUCUCCCGACCAAGGCGGCUCCCCUCUGGGGCAACCUCUCGCCGGGUCAGGGGGAGCAGGUGUGGGCGCUCCAGGAGUAGCUGGUGUUGGCGUUGGAGGUGUUGCCGGAGGUGCCGCCGGUGGUGUUGAGGAGUUCGACUCGUGGACGGAGCUCCACUCCCGCGCCAGCUCGAACGGGUCCAACCUCAGCGGCCGGCUCUCUCCCAUCCUGGCCGAGGGGGAGCUGGAGGAGGCAGCGGAGGACGGCCGGCUGUCUUGCUCCACCUCCCCGCGCCUCUACCCCAGCCCCACCGCCACCGCCCGCUCCCCAGCCCUGGGCUCCACCGGCGGCGCUCACUGCCCCAGCCUCGAGCUGCCUCAGCUGGCCGACCUGACCGGGGCCAUCAGCCUGGACGAAGGCUACCACACCCACCACGCUCAGCAGAGCCCUCAGCAGCAGAACCAUCAUCCCAACUCCCGACACACCAAGCACCAGGGUUACCACUACCACGGCUCCAUGGUGAAGAGCCAGGGCCACAGCCCCGGCUACAGCCCCGUCUAUGGGCAGCCAGGCGGCGGGGGGAUCCUGCUCCGGCACCACUCCCCCAUGCAGACCAUCCAGGAGAACAAGGCGGCGAGCUUCUCCGAGAGUCUGCAGGGGUACCCGGGCACCAACGCCCUGCAGAGCCUCCUGACCUCCGCGCAGCAGCCACCACCGCAGUACUGUGCCAAGGACGUGCUGCUGCAGCAGGGCAGGGAGAGGGAGGGCCAUCCCGCCAUGAUGGGCGUCUCGCCGUCCAAUCAGAACGGCCUGGUGGUCGCCGGCGGCGGUCAGCAUCAGCAUCCGCACAACGGCGUCCACGGUCCAGCCCAACACAACCACACCGCACACAGCCACAGCCAUAACCUGAACGGCACGCACCCGCAUAACCCCACACAGCACACGCACAACGGCACACACAGACACACGACGCAGCCGGGCAGCAACGGCCACCACUCCCCACACGGCCACGGCAUGAACCAUCGAGCAAGACCACCGGGGGGCGCGAACGGAGGCAGCGGAGGAGGCCACCUGCAGCCGUACAGCCAUAAACCACACAGCCCGUACAUGUACAGCCCCCCUGCUCACGCUCACCUCCCCGCCUCCACUACGCUGCCCCCCAACCCCGCCAACGUCCAGGGGGGCGCGCCCCAGGACACCUGCCACCUGGCCACCACCCCUCACCCCCACCCGCGUCAUCAUCACAACAACCCAUAUCAUCACAUGGCCGACGGACCGUACCACCACACGCAAGGGAUGGGGGGAGUUUCCAGCAGCGCCGGAGGGUUCCACGGGUACCACCAUCCACACCACCAGCACCCCCACCUCUCCACAGGAGCAGCAGCCCAUCACGCCCACCCCCAUCACGCCCUCUCCUCCCAGGACAGGCUUCCGGCUGACCUGGACUUGGACAUCUUCCACGGCAGCCUGGACUGUGACGUGGAGUCCAUCUUGCUUCAGGACAUCAUGGACUCGUCUGCGGAGGAGAUGGACUUUAACUUCGACAGCUCGCUGGCACAGGGCGUUGGCAUGGGCAUCGGGAUGGGCAUGGGGGUGGGGGUCAGCAUGGCCAUGGGUAUGGGUCUGGGCGGGGCUCAGCAGGGGCACGGGAACCAGAGUUGGGUACCCGGGUGAUAGACUAUAGGGGUGGGGAAGACAGAGGGGUAGGCUCUGCUCCGAGGUACAACCUCAACCCAGAGACUGUCCGAGAGUGAUGAGCCCUUUACCAUAUGGGAUUAAGGACAUGUAAUGCCCCUUAGCUCCCACCUUUUCAGCACCUGUCCAUGCGUCCCUCUCACCUCUCCACAAUGGCAACCAACGCAUCCAGCCUCAGCCUCAGCUGUUCCUUCCUUGAGGAAGCAAAAAGUGGAGAGUGAAAUGAAAGAAAGGGAAAUGGGGAUUGGAAAGCGUAGAGAAUCUUCCCUCGUUCCAAAAUGCGUCAGCAGCAACCCAACCCCUUUUUGACUCGAACAUCAUACAACUCGUCAAGUUGUCGUCGUUGUCGUCAUCUCUCGGUAUCGUGGUGAUUUGUGAGCCUUCUCGUUUAAACGUACAAAAAAAACCCCAGCCCCUCCCCAACACUUCUCAACCCUCUAACCAGCUCCCUUUUCCCCCAUCAAAGUGUGUCUGCUCCUCCUCUCCGAGAAAACUUUCACCCCCCCUCGCCCCAGCCGUGACGACAAUCUCAGACCGCGUCGGCCAACUUUUGCCUUUUGUCUCUUUUUUUCCCCACGCGAGGAAUAAUGAAAAAAAGAAAACACGGAAGAAUAAAAAAAAAGUCUGAACUUGCCAGCACUUUGAUCUGCGAAGAACAAAUCCAUAUCUCACACUUGCUGACUCCUGGGGAACGGGCUCCAUGUGUGUGUGUGUGUGUGU